CCGCAACCAUCCCCGACAUCAACAACAUGGCGUCCCUCAGAUCCCAGGCUUUCCAGUCUCUAUCCCGAGGCCGAACUCCAUUCAUUCGGUCUCAGCAGAGACGCUGGGCCCAAGUCCACGAUGUUCGCUUCCUCGCGACACAUCACGACCCUAACCAGGUCCUCGAUAGAUACCGUUCCAAGCUCAACCACAAGGCACAACAGGAGGGCCAUGAAUCCGUCGAUUCCCUAAAAGACGCCUACAAAGAUAAAAUCGACAACCUCCGCCGCAAAGCCGCAACUCCCAUCACCCCGGAAGCCGCACCCUCCGCCACCGCACCACCACCACCACCUCCUUCCCCCCCCCCCCGCCAAUCCGCACAAGCCGCGCAAGUUGCAUCCGCGACGAAAUCGGCCGGCGUCAAGCCGCUCAGCUCCUACCUCGACGUAGAGAAAGUGCGCACGCUCCCAGCAAAGGAACUCGAAACCGUCUGGCGCCUCCGACACGCCGGGAACUCGCACUCGGUCUGCGCGGUCAUCCCCCUAGAGACAUACCAGCGGAUAGUCUCCGCCGCGCGGCAAAACCCGCAGUUCAUCCUCCCGCUCCCGCGCACAGAGACCGCCGCCCAGGCCGAACCCGAAUCCGAAUCCGGAGAUCACCCCGGCGCAGAUAUUCACUUCCUCCAGUGGGCCUUCCACCCGCCCGCUGCGGGAUCCGUGCCCACGCAGGUCAACUCGCACACCUCAACUAUUAUCUUCACCUCGUUGGCGGCGUAUAAACUGCACGGCUCGUUUGCGCCGCCGCAUACAACGAUCACGCACCACUUGGAUCUCGCAGAGGAGCAGGGACUCGUGCUGAUGCACGGCCAGGUCAUGCCGGAUGCGGGAGUGAGUGCAACCGAGGCCAGUUGGCUGGUGAGUUGUGUGCAGAGGUUUUAUGAUUUCGGCGGCCAGGCGAGUGGGCGAAAGGGCGAGUUGCUGCGUAUGUUUACGAGGGGGGAUGUGGAGGGGUUCAAGAUUGAGGAGUUGAUGGAGGAAGCGGAAAAGGUGUAAUUUUUUUUUUUUGGAUCAAUGAUCUGCGUGGUGGUAUGGAAUGGGGAGAUAAAAAGAGAUGCCUGUUUCUUUCCCAGGCUAGUAUUACUUACCUUUAUCUUAUGUAUCUUAUUUUCUAUAUUAUUACAGUUGUACUGAUAAGAUUCAAAUCGGAUCAAAGUUGAACCAAGUUCAUUACGAGGUAGUACUACCUACUAGUACGUAUGUAUACACGAGAUCGAUGGAGAACAACAAGUUGUAUGAUUUGGAUAGAAAGCCUAAAUCCAGAAAUCCAACCCAUACACCAACCCAUACAUAACUUGUCGAAACAAACCCCGACAAAAACAAAACAAAAGUCCAAGCGAAGCCGAAGAGCGCCUGAUUGAAAUCCACGUACCGCAAGUGCAAUUGACAUCAUCAUAAAGAAUAAAGAACAAGAGCCCUGAAAUGAGACGCAG